GCGGGAUCACAUGCUGUUAUGGAGACGUUUACACUGUUUCAAAAUGGCGGACCAAAGCUGUCAAAAAUAAAUUUCCAUUAAAAAUGUUACAUUAUUAUAAAUUGUGAAUGCAAAACUUGCUAUGUUGACAGCCAACAUGCCAACGAUAGAGGAAAGGGAAAACCUCAUGAAACCCCAGGACGUCCACCAUCCUGGAUUUCACCCUCGUCCCAUACAACGGCUGGCCGUAAGGAAACCACCAAAGACCAUGCUCAACAUUGAAUGUAACCAUUAUCUUCGUUCAAACACUGAAACGUUUGCACAUGGUCAUCCAACUGUUGAGUAUAAACUAUGGCUGGAGGCUGGGAAGCAUGAUGCUCCUUUUCCUCAGAGGCCAGAUGAAAGUUUUAAUGCAAAUGUCUGGAGAAACUUUCGAAGGCAGUAUGGUUUCCAUACAAGUGCUGGCGGCAAAAUGUCAGACAUUAUAGCAGCAAUGUAUCCGCUUAAUAUUCCCUCCCCCUCUAAAGUAGGUCAACAAACAUUUGAAAAGUACAUCAGAGAAACCAGACUGUUCAAUGAUGAUAAAUUCAAGUCAAUGGCAAUGUCAAGAACUAAGGCAGACUUAGAGGAGUUCAGAAAACUGAGGAUCAAAAGUAUGAGUAGGAAUCCCCCAAUAGAUGAACAAGGUCAUAUUCUACCACCUGAGAAUUUCAAGAAGUAUGAACCCCACUUGAUAAAGCCUGUUGAGCGCCCGCCCACUCCUCCACCCCCAAACCAGAAGACGGACUCUCUUGGUCAGCGAUACGUACCAAAGUCCCGACCCCACCUGUGGAAGCUGUCAUACAAGAUUAACAACCCAGAGUAUGACUCUGUUAAGAAGGAGAUCAGAAAGAGAAAGGAGCUUGAAGGCCGGAUGAAGGAGAGAGAGCGCCAGAGUCCUGGUCACCAGAUUGGCCAGAUAGCCCCCUCCCCUGUCAACCCUCCAGCCUCUGUCACUUGGAUCAAAAGUAUGAGUAGGAAUCCCCCAAUAGAUGAACAAGGUCAUAUUCUACCACCUGAGAAUUUCAAGAAGUAUGAACCCCACUUGAUAAAGCCUGUUGAGCGCCCGCCCACUCCUCCACCCCCAAACCAGAAGACGGACUCUCUUGGUCAGCGAUACGUACCAAAGUCCCGACCCCACCUGUGGAAGCUGUCAUACAAGAUUAACAACCCAGAGUAUGACUCUGUUAAGAAGGAGAUCAGAAAGAGAAAGGAGCUUGAAGGCCGGAUGAAGGAGAGAGAGCGCCAGAGUCCUGGUCACCAGAUUGGCCAGAUAGCCCCCUCCCCUGUCAACCCUCCAGCCUCUGUCACUUGAAUAGAAUACUUGAUAAUGAUAUAAUAUGUGGUCUGUGGUUCUUAUCAUGACUGUGUGAAGUGGUUUAACAUACCUAAGGAAGUGAUAUGAUUUUACUAAAACAGACCCUGUUGACAACUUUCAGUAUUUGCCAUGACAGUAAAUAGUAUGAA